AUGAUGCUCGGAAACCAACCUCAGCCAAAGGACAUCGAGGUCACGGCGCCGCCAACGGACGGCAUCUCUGAUCUCGCCUUCUCAAAGACAAGCGAUUUGCUCGCUGCCACCUCAUGGAACAACGAGGUCCGUAUCUGGGAAAUCAUGGGAGAUGGAUCUUCAAGCGCGAAGGCCAUGUACAACCACGACGCCCCCGCCCUGUGCUGUCAGUGGAGUCCUGAUGGAGGCAAGCUCGCAUCAGGAGGAGCAGACAACGCUGGAAAACUCUUUGAUGUGACGACUGGUCAAGCUACACAGUUCGCGAAGCACGAUGCUCCCAUUAAGAGUUUGCGUUGGAUUGACGGGGCCAACAUCGUGGCCACAGGAAGCUGGGACAAGACCAUCAAGUACUGGGAUCUUCGUGGACCCAGCCCUGUUUCGUCAGUGGCGUUGAAUGACCGUCUUUACUCAAUGGACGCACACGGACCCUUGCUGGUUGCUGCCACAGCCGAUCGUAACAUCAGCAUGUUCGAUAUGAGCAACCCUACAGUUCCUUUCAGGACCAUGGACAGUCCCUUGAAGUUGCAAACACGCGUUGUCUCUUGCUUUACCACAGGCGGAGGGUUUGCGGUCGGAAGUAUCGAAGGACGUGUCGCCAUCCAGUACACAGAUAUCAAGGACAACCAGUACGUGUUCAAUCGAGCAGGAAAAUGGAAAUUGGAAGUAGGAAACUUUUCUUUCAAGUGCCAUCGUGAGGGUGCUCCUGCAGCUCGGGACUCGACCGUUUUUGCAGUCAACGCCAUUUCAUUCCACCCCGUCUUUGGAACAUUCGCCACAGCAGGAUCAGAUGGUGGUAUCACUUUCUGGGACAAGGAUUCUAAGCAGAAGCUGAAGGUGUUCACAAAGAAGGCUGGUCCCAUCCCAGCAGCUACCUUUAACAGAACCGGAACAAUCUACGCCUACGCCGUCAGCUACGAUUGGAGCAAGGGUCACUCUGGUGCAUCGCCCGACUUGAAGAACUCCAUCAUGUUGUGCCCAGUUUUGGAGGGCGAUAUCAAGCCCCGCAAGAAGGUCUAA